GAGAGAAAGAGAGAGAGAGAGAGAGAGAGAGAGUGGAUUCGCGACUUCUCUCCGGAUGGUCUUCGCGACACGAGGAGGCCCUUCGCGGUGCCAGUCGCUCCGGACUGCUCGCACGCGUGUGGAUUAGCCGCAUCCCGGCUCGACCGAAGUACCUUCCCUUACCUGCGUCGUCUGCUCGGGUGGGACAGACGCGUAGAAAUCUCAUUGGGUUCCCGCUGUGACGUGAACCGAAGUGUUCACAAACAAAAUUCGACAGUUCAGGACGUGCUGAAAAGCAUCAUCGUCGAUCAGUCGGCGUUUCGGGCAGCUAGUCUCUUCUCGCUGUCUCCUCGGCCAAGACUCGAAGUUGACUUUUCAUGGAGUUUUAAUUUAAAGUAUUCAAUCGAAAAGGCGAGUAUGCCAUGUUGAAAAGCUGCAACGAAUGACGACAUCCUUUCGACAUAUUCAGCGGAAAGUUCGACCAUAAGCUUCCGAGGAAAUCUAUCGUUAAAAAGUAAUGCGAUAGGAAUAGGAGACUCUUUAUGAUUCGAACAGCGUACGAGGUGACAUUUGUCGCGAUCGCAAAAUAAAUUUCUGUCAACAAGACGUGGCCUAGCAGUCAAUCGGUCGGUCGGUCUGGUGUGUACAGGAAACCGGCGUGGAUUUGUGCGCACAGCAGCUGUUUUCGUUACAAAGCUCGUCUAGAGAGAAGCAAACUGAUCACGGCACCGCGCUGUCAACGCGGUUACAAGACAAGCAGCGCGAGCGUCUCACCAUGAGUUUCGAGAAGAGUUACAACUCCAGCUCAAGUCUCUACGACUUCUACAACCCGAUAAGCCGGCUGAUACCGGAGAUUUCCAUUGACCAAAUUUACCAGAGAACUGAACAGAAAGCAAAUCGUUCCUUCGCGCCGAUCUCGAGCAGAUCGCCGAGCAGAUCAGGGGCCAGCUCGUCGGGCUCAUCAGUUGCCCAUACAUCGAGUCUUCCGACCGCCAGUCCACCGUAUCUGUCGCACAGCAACCCGUCGGACUUUUCGCGCACAAGUCCGUCUAGUCUGUCCGGCACUAGUCCACAACGCUUCUCCAACGACAGUCCGUCGCGUUUCUCGCCUGCCAGUCCGGUCCAAGGCCUGUCGUCCGUCAGUCCGCCGUACCUUGCGCGCAACAGUCCACCGGACUUCUCCAGCGUCGGUACAACCCGCUUCUCGACCGACAGCCCGAUAGAACUGUCGACUGUUAGUCCGCCGUACCUAUCCCAUGCAAGCCCACCGGGUAUUUCACGCGGCAGUCCACCGAGCCUCUCGUGCGCCAGUCCGUUGGAUCUUCAGCAUGACAAUCCGUUGAACUUCUCAAGCGCACUCAACAUUACAAACAGCAACAAGCUGGUCUCCUCGUCCAAUGGCAAUAUAACGGACGGCCAGUCGGUGGACUCGAGAUAUCUGAAUCUUGCGGUGGCUUCCUCGGAGAUGGAGGCCAACAGAUGCAACAGGAUGGUGCGAUCUUACGACAGCAGCAACUCUGGACAUGGAUCGAAUGGAUAUUCAUCUCCCUUCGCGACAUCGGCGAGCAUACUCAACCGCGAAGCCAUUAUCCCGACGGAUCAGAUUGACAUACCCAGUACAUCAUCGGCGUGGCACAUGGUCAACGUUCCGCCGGCCAGACCGCCGUCUCACUGCUCGCGAAAUAUCCACGACGUCACUCAGCAACGUUACUGUCUCACUUGCAGCCAGCCAUACUGCAAAGACUGCUGCAUGGAUUAUCACGAGAACCACGCGCAUGAAGAUUUCAUGAAGUACCUCCAGCUCACUGUGGAUCAAGGCACGGACACAUUGAGAAAUGCCCGCACGACGCUGAACAUGCUCCAGACUGACUUGGAAGACGUGCAGUUGGACGCUGAGAUGCUGGAUCAAAAGGCCAGACAGGCUGCCGCCAAUGUGAUGAGCUGCAUACGAAGGCACAUUUCUGCCCUAGAAGCCAGAGAGAAGGAACUAUUGAACAGCAUUGAGAGAGCGCGAGUGGUGAAGUUCGACUCUCUGAAGAUGAAAGAUGAGCAACUGAGAAACGACAAGACACGCCUGACGAAAGUCACUUAUAAGCUUUGCAACGUUCUGGACUCGUGCGACCUUUCGAGCAACCCGAAGGAGCUUCUGGCGAUCAAGGAUAUGACGAUGGCCGAGAUGUUCCAGAUCAAACAGAAUCGGCGGUAUCGGUCCACCCGGGAAGAGAGUUGGAUCUCGUUUACGUCCCUGGGGAACGCCCUGAUGCACGAAAUCGCCAAUCUGGGCAAUAUCCAGACGAGCAAUCCGGGCCCGAUCGGAGAGGGACGCGCGAUUUGCGGCAACAACUCGUCGCACUUGUACUUACCGUACCCCCCAAAGAUACCCAAGGAGAUCGGUCGCGGUCGUCCGGUACCGGGCAACAGCUUCCCCGUAGUGGUCGGGGAGUCCGCUUACAACAGCGUGGUGCAGAUGAUCGGCGACAACAGCGACGUCUCCGACAACCUCUGUCGUCCGUGGGGUAUCACUUGCGACAAUAGAGGUCACAUCAUAGUCGCCGACAGAUCCAACAAUCGGAUACAGAUCUACCGUGAGGACGGUACGUUCGUCAUGAGAUUCGGAUCCCAAGGGACCGGGCAGGGUCAGUUUGAUCGUCCGGCCGGAAUCGCCGUCGACAGCAGACAACGCAUUAUCAUUGCCGAUAAAGAUAAUCAUCGCAUUCAGAUUCUCCAAAUGGACGGCACGUUCGUAAACAGCUUCGGCCAAAAGGGCCACGAGAACGGCCAGUUUAAUUAUCCCUGGGACGUGGCGGUGAACUCGGAGUGCCGUAUCGCGGUCUCGGACACCAGGAACCACCGGGUGCAGCUGUUCAGUCCCGACGGCGUGUUCCUGUGUAAGUACGGCUAUGAGAACACGCCGAACAUGUGGAAGUACUUCGACUCGCCGCGCGGCGUCUGCUUCACGCCCGACGGCAGUCUCAUCGUCAGCGACUUCAACAACCACACGCUGGUGUCCAUCGACUCGCGGUUCUCGAGCGCGCGCACGUUGACCUGCGAGGCCGUCGACAACAGCAACAAGCCGUUCCUGCGGCCCCAAGGCGUGGUCAUCGACGACAAGGGCAACAUCAUCAUCGCCGACUCUCGCAAUCAUCGUAUACAGGUGUUCAACUCGAAUGGCAGAUUCCUGUGGAAGUACGGCGUCCAUGGCACAGGCAUGAAGGAGAUGGACCGGCCAGCCGACAUCGCCCUCUUGCCCGACGGCAAGAUCGCGAUCGUCGAUUUCGGAAACAACCGCGUGCUGGUGUUGGACCGCGUGAUCGAAUCCGCGGAGUCUAUCUAGAAAACGAGGACGUCACUCGCCGGGACUAAGUGUGACGCACCUCAGCGAUCUUCGCACAUUUCUUGCAUUUAUACAGGCGAGCGACAGAAUUUUCGAUCGUCCACUCGUCCUUUUAUCUCACUGCAUAGAAUCGUCACGUUACAAUCGUGCAAUUCUGGCGCAUUUGACGAUUCGUACUAGUCUACUAGUCCCUGAUAUGUGGACAUUGAGAAUCAAAUUGUUGACAAAGAAACAGUCUGCACGUACGAUGUUUCUUCUGUUAGAUAACUGUUUUAAUUACUGUUGCAUACUUACCCUCAGUUUUAAUCGGAAAAAAAAAAAAAUUACGUCGAUCCUCGCGGGAGUAAUGUGCAACUUGCGUCUUCGCCGCAACGUUCUUUACCUCCGCGUUCAGCGAGGUACUUUUUGCCUAAACAGCACAAAUAGUCUAAAGCAUGUUUUAAAGAUAUCGUAAAAACAUUCGUGAGAAACAUUUGUGCUGCCUGCAGGUGUAAAAAUUUCAUCUGACGCAAAACUACAAGCCGAUUGUGUGUAGAUAAUUCUCUUCUCUUCUCGACAGAUGUGACAAACACCAAUUCUUUCUCGGUUGAAGACGAGAGCUACAUAAUACCGCUGCGACGGAUCAUUAAGUAAUUUGUUUUAUUAUAAUUGUACAUGCAUAUAUUCGGUGCAAAAUGGACGCAUAAAAUGCGCAUGUAGUUUUGAUGUUAGCAUGGCGUUCACGCUAUUCGUCUCCGUUACGAUUUAAAAGCCAGAAAAUCGGAGAGUAAUGACAUAGAGAGCAAGAAUCGUGCAAGUGCUACACAUUUUGUGUAAUGAAUUGACAAAAUCAGUCGGCACAUCGUCGAGUAAAAUGAUGGCAAGAUUAGUAGUAUAUAACGAAAUAUGGAUAAAUUUUAACACAUCCAUAAGAAGAUUUUUCUUCAAUUUUUAUAUUAACCUUUUACUUAUUAUUGUUUAAUUAUUGUAUCUGAAUUGUAUUAAUAUUAAUUCUUUUGUUAAUCAGUGUAAAAAGAAAAGACAAGUUUGAAAAUAUUUUACGACCGAAGAGCAGUGAUCAAGAUUACUCUAACAUUUUUCCAAUCCGUGGUCUGCAGACUUUAAGAUAUAGUACGUACUUCGUGGUACAUUGUGUCUCUGAAAUAUAUUUUGGACGUUUUUAUCGUGAUAAACAUCUUGAUGUUUGCGGCUCAUCACAUCUUAUUAAAUACUUUAGAAUUGCAUUCCUUUUAGCGAUUAAUUUUCUACCGCACAACUUGUUAAUUACCUCUCACUUUCAAUGUUGAACCUUUUGUGUACUUGAAACACUUGUAACAUUACUAAACUGUCAGAUACGGUAUUCAAGUUGCAAUGCAAUAUGUGUGACGUAUACUAUUAACGAUCUCUUCCAAUGAAUCGUAUAGCGUGUAAGAAUUUGUUUUAAAUACUGGAGCGUGUAUAUGUAUAGUUUCUACUCAGUUACAUCUAAGUUUGAUUCUUAGUUAACUUACUUCUAUGUGUAAACUAAUUGUUACGGCAAUUACCUAGUAAUGUUAGACAUUAACGUAAGUUAAUCGUUACUAUAGUUGAAAUGUAAGCAUCAGUACAAAGUGAGAGAGAGAGAGAGAGAGAGAGAGAGAGAGAGAGAGAGAGAGAGAGAGAGAGAGAGAGAGAGACAGAGCGAGUUAGAGAGAGGCGAGUUGUAAGAAAAAAAAAAAAAGAGUGAAAAAUUGCUCGUUAAGACGACAUAGAAAGAUUGCUGGUGGUUUUUCCAAGUUGAUUGACGAAAUCCAGUUAGAAUGCUGAUUGAAUUAACGUAUUCGUGACUUGCGCGCGAGAACGCAGAUCAAAUCGUGCGUGUAUCGAUAGAGGGAAAGAAAGAUUUUUAAUGCGAUUGUGAAAGAGACGGUACGUGUUUCCGUAUUAUAAGACGCCGUGUAUAUCUUAUAAACGGUCCACCAACCCUUUCGGAUCCGCUGCUAAUUCUUGCGACGUUUCUUCGGCAUCUCUCCUAUACGUGAGAAUCCGUGGUGCUGGAACGGCCAACGUUGUAUCUGCAGAUGCAAAAAGAUAGUUUUCUCCUUCUACCUCUUAAUCGUGACAUUGGUCGUUUCAGCUGCCGGAUGUGACUAUUUCGCGCUAAAAAAACUUUUCUCUGUGUAUAGCUUAAACUUAUUAUUUAAUAAUGCAGAAUAGAGAAGACGCGAUGUGUGCGUGUGUGUCUCUUUUUAGAGAAGGUAGAAAGAGAGAUAUAUAGAUACGUAUAUAUUUUAACGGGAGAAACGCGCACGCCUGCGAGCCUCACCGCAUGAAGAUAUGAGAGCACUUUUUUACAAAUGUUCUACGCGCGAGAAAUAAUUGGAAUAUUGCUGUAUCUCGUGAAGUGGUGACAAAACGUGAGUGACAGUACCAUUACCUCAUGAGAAAGUGACACGAAUGCCGCGUAUUAGUAUUUAAUGCAACGCACAUUUGUGUAGCGCCAACUUUCGGCUGUGUUAAACACAUAUAACGAAGUCACACGAAAAGAAAAAAAGAGAGAAAGACGAAAAAAAAAAAGAAAAGACAAAAAAGGAACAAUACAGAGAAUACCCCACCUCACGAUAUAUCACUAUCGAGAAGAGAUCUCGCGGCGAUAUUUUUUUAGACGAAAAACGGAAGUGCUUGUAUUUUCACGUGACGGGAUCCGGAAGGGAUUGUGUGUGCGACCUCCUCCUUCAAACGAUCUUUCAUAAGUGUGAUUAGCGAGAUGAGCAAAAAAAAAAACUUUCUACAUAUAUUAGACGAUGUAUAUUCUAUUACAUAUUACGUCUAUUACAUGAAAUGUUAAAUGAAAAAAAGAAAGAAAUCAACGACAGUUCGCGUCGCGGUGGCCCCUGGGAUCGUUGAGGUCGUGCGCGCGCUCGCGGUCGACUUCGGUUCCAUCAGCAGAAGAACGACGUUCAAUGUUGUUUUCCGUCGCUCGUCAUUUCACACGCCGCGCGGACGCCGCUCGGCAGGGAGUUUUAA